UUCUUUUAAACUUCUUCAAACUGUCUUGUCUUCUUAUAUAUCCCUCACUCUUUUACAUCAAAAACAGUUAACGAAAGAGAACCCUCAAGGAAAAAACACUAUAGAAUGAGAAAACCAGACAGUUUUGGGAGGAGUGGCUGCACCGCCAUUACUACGGCUUCGAAGCUCAGAAAAGGGUUGUGGUCGCCGGAGGAAGAUGAGAAAUUGAUGAAUUAUAUGGUGAGAAAUGGGCAGGGGUGCUGGAGUGAUGUUGCGAGGAAUGCAGGGCUGCAGCGCUGCGGGAAGAGCUGCCGCCUACGGUGGAUCAACUACUUGCGCCCGGAUCUUAAGCGCGGUGCGUUUUCGUCCCAGGAAGAAGACCUUAUUAUUCAUCUUCAUUCACUUCUUGGCAAUAGGUGGUCUCAAAUUGCGGCACGUUUGCCCGGACGUACUGAUAAUGAAAUUAAAAAUUUUUGGAAUUCUACAAUAAAGAAGAGGCUCAAGAAUAUUUCUUCAUCAUCAUCAAGAUCACCAAAUACAAGUGAUUCGUCAAUGGAACAACCAAGAGAUGGCAUCAAUGGAGGGCUCAGAUCAAAUCAAGAACCCAACAUGAUGGGGGUGUACAUGCAUCCAUCAUCUUCUUCUACAUGGCAGUUGCCAAAUUUCGCCUUGAAUCCCAUGAAUCUUCAUCAUAUUCUAGAUCAGCAGCCGCCAGGCAUUGUCGGGUCGCACUUUGACGUACAACCAUGCAAUACGCAAAGUGGGAUGUUUGGUGGGAACAUUGACUUCGAAGGGCAGUUUAUGGUUCCACCAUUAGAAAAUAUAAACACUGAACAGAGUGGCAAAAUGGGAAAUUUUGUUGAAAAGAAUAAUGCUAACGUCAUCAAUAAUAUGAAUAGUAUAACCAAUUAUAAUCAAUGCAAUAAUAAUAAGGAUAACAUAAACAACAGAUUGGUUGAAAAUAAUGUGAAAAUUGAGGGUUUGUGUUGGGAAGGGGAUGACCUUAGAAUGGCUAUGGGAGAAUGGGAUUUAGAGGAGUUGAUGAAAGAUGUUUCUUUGUUUCCUUUUCUUGACUCGAUUAGACAGUAUUGAACAUUGCAACACGCGUAUAUUUCACAGUUUUCUCUUCUUUGGCACUAUUGACUACAGAUUACCAAAUACGCUGUAGGAUUUAUAUCUACGGUCGAGAACCUUUUACCGGAUGCAACUUUCGACGAAAGAAACUUCAGAAAUUAGUUAGGUGAGGUGAAAGGAUGAGAAAUAAAAGUGCCAAACAUGGCUAAUGUAAUUCUCUGUAUAGAUGUAUGCAUACAUAGAUUUUCAUGAUGUUUGUAAUUUGUCAUUUUCAGUCAUUCCAAAGUGUUUGUAAUAACAUCCAUACAUGUAAACAUAUAUGUCACAUAAAAUAUAGAUUAGUUAGAGACUUUCAUUA